AUGACUGAUGUCAUUACUUCCUAUUUUGGUGCUUUGUUCUCUGCAACAACUGUUAACGCUGAAGCUUUGCAACAUGUUCUUGCUGCAAUUCCAACCUCAGUCACGGCUGAAAUGAAUAACUCUCUCGUUAAACCGUUCACCAGUGAUGAAAUCUACAAUGCACUUAAGACAAUCAAUCCAGAUAAAAGCCCCGGUUGCGAUGGAAUGUCGGCAAUGUUCUAUCACAAUUAUUGGUCUAUUGUGGGAGAUGUGGUCACUAAAGUGGUACUUGGUAUUUUGAAUGAGGGAUGUAGUAUGGAAUCAAUUAAUAAGUCUCUAAUCACUCUUAUUCCGAAGAUUAAGUCACCAAAGGGAAUGGGAGAUUUUCGCCCAAUCAGUUUGUGCAAUGUCAUAUACAAAAUCAUUUCUAAGGCGCUUGCUCUCAGAUUUAAGGAGGUUUUACCGGCUGUUAUUUCAGAAACACAAAGUGCUUUUCUCUCCAAUCGACUUAUAACUGACAAUAUUCUUGUUGCUUUUGAAUUGAUACAUCAUUUAAAGCAUAAGACAAGGGGAAAUAGAGGUUAUUCGGCUCUCAAGUUGGAUAUGAGCAAAGCUUUUGAUCGAGUGGAGUGGUUCUAUAUUCAAGAGGUAAUGCUAAAAAUGGGCUUUCAUAGUACAUGGGUUUCCUUAAUCAUGGGAUGUCUAAGCUCCACUAGUUUCUCUUUCAUGUUAAAUGGUGAAGAAGUGGGACAUGUUAAGCCUACUCGGGGGCUUCGGCAAGGAGAUCCUUUGUCCCCGUACUUGUUUUUGAUUUGUUCUGAAGGACUCUCCAGACUUCUACAUAGUGAAGAGGAAAAUCAUAACCUUCGUGGACUUAAGCUCACAAGACAUGCUCCCUCCAUUUCACAUCUGCUCUUUGCAGAUGAUAGUCUCCUCUUCUGUGAAGCUACAAACAGUUCAGCAAUUGCCAUUAAGAAAGUUUUGGACAUUUAUCAUGAAGCAUCUGGUCAAUUGCUUAACACAGCGAAGUCUGUCAUGUCUUUUUCACCCAACACCUUGCAAUCAGCUCAGAAUUUUUUCCACCAAACACUAGGUAUGCCAAUAAGUGAUUGCCAUGAACGUUACCUUGGUUUACCUGCUUUUUCGGAGCGAGAUAAGAAAGAGAUGUUCAGCGAUGUUAAAGAACGUAUUUGGCAGAAACUUCAUGCAUGGAAUGAAAAACUCUUCUCAGUUGGUGGUAAGGAAGUUCUUCUGAAGGCCGUUGUUCAAUCGAUUCCAACUUAUGCUAUGUCUUGUUUUCGGCUACCAACCACUUUUUGCACUCAAUUGGAAUCCAUGAUGGCCAAUUUCUGGUGGGGAUCAACUAAGGAUGGUUCAAAGAUUCAUUGGAAAAGUUGGAAAUUGCUUUGUAAGUCGAAAUUUGAAGGGGGUAUGGGAUUUCGCUCUUUUGUACACUUUAAUAAAGCCCUCCUUGCUAAACAAGCUUGGAGAAUAUUUGAAAUGCCCAAUUCUCUACUUAGCCGACUCUUAAAGCAUAGAUACUUUUCCAACAAUACUUUUUUGGAAGCAAGGCUUGGCCACUCACCCUCACUCACUUGGCAAGGAAUCCAUUGGGGACGUGAGCUUUUAAUAGAGGGCUUACGUUAUAAGAUUGGGAAUGGUUUUAAUGUGUUAGCUGGUGAAGACAAGUGGAUCCCUGGUAAUAAUGUUUUCACACCAGUAAGUUAUAAUGGCCCUCCAAAUCUGCCCGUUUCCUAUUUCAUAACAGAGCAAAGAGAGUGGAAUUUGUCUCUUCUUUGUGAACACUUCCAGCCGAUUGAUGUAGAUAGAAUAGUCUCCAUUCCUUUAUGUUAUUUUCCUAGCAAUGACCGUUAUAUUUGGCAUCAUACAACGACUGGUAUGUACACAGUCAAUUCGGGGUUCCAUUUAGCAGAAAAUUUGGCAAUAGGGCAUGAAUCAAGUGGUUCUGCAACUCAUUCUGAGUGGUGGAAACAUUUUUGGAAUCUAACUUUGCCAUCUAAGAUCAAGAUUUUUGCUUGGAGAGUGUUGCAAAAUGCUUUACCUGUUGCUACUGCACUAAGCCAAAGGAAGGUGAUUAACUCUGCUACAUGUUCUUUAUGCAACAAUGCAUGGGAAUCAAUUGGGCAUGCUAUGUUUAAUUGUACUACUGCUAGAAAAGUUUGGAGGGAAACAAAGUUCACCAUAGAUCAUUCAAAUGCACACAAUAUGGAUAAUGGUGAUUAUUUAAUCCAUUUAUCAACAUUACACUCAAAACAAGACUUUGAAUUACUUGUUUGCACAAUGUGGGCAAUUUGGCAUAAUCGAAAUAAAGUCACACAUGGAGGUGUCUCACGCCCCAGCCAUGCCAUUGCUUCUUUUGCUGUUACACACUUGGAGAGGUUUAUUAAUAGCAAAACAAAACAACAUCAAGGAUCGGCUAGCAUUGUAACUUCAGCGACUGUUUCUACAAGUUCACUCGCACCAGAAAUUGCACCAGUAGAUAGACUGCAACAAAAUAAUACACGACAUUCUUCAUGGCUGCCACCAUCACCUACUGGUCUAAAAUUAAAUGUUGAUGCUGCUGUCAAUCAUGAGUUGAAAAUUCUGGGAAUAGGUGCUGUUAUACGAGAUCAUUUUGGUAAUGUUGUCGCUGCUCUUUCCAAGCCUGUUCAAGGUUGUUUUCGAUCGGAUGAGAUGGAGGCCAAGGCGCUAUUUCAUAGUCUCAAUUGGGUGAUGCAAAUGCCACUUUCACUUUCACAUAUAGAAACAGAUGCAUUGCGAGUUUCUUCGGCCCUAAAUUCUUCAUCACGAAACCUUUCUAGUUUUAAUGAUUUAAUUAUAGAUAUUAGCUGUCUUUUAUCCUUUUUCUCAGGAGUAACUAUUUCUCAUGUUAAGAGAAAUGCUAACCAAGCUGCACAUGGUUUAGCUAAGUAUGCUCUCGAGUUGGAUGAAGAUGUCUGUUGGAUGGGUGAAAUCCCAAAUCCUAUUUUCUCUGUUAUUGUAAACGAUUGCCAGUUUUAA